AUUGCAGGGAAAGUGAAAUGCCAUGCGAAAAAUGCUCUCCGUGCAGCGUGUAAGGCUGCUCUAAAGAUUGCAGAGGUGGCGGUUAAAAAGACCAAGAAAACGCUGAACGUUGCGAAACUGGCCGUCAAAGCCGCCCAGAAGAUCGUGGACAAGAGCCGCUGGACACUUGACGCCGCAAAGGGCGUUUUGGAGGGUACAAAAGUCGCAGUACACGAAACAUGCGACAUCGGUGUCACCGCAGCAAAGGGGGUAUUGACUGCCGUCAAGGAAACCAAUAAGUUUGGCAUAAAAGUAGCAGAGAAGGUUUCCACUGGCGUGCUGGGAGGAGUGCUGGACAUAAGGGAGAUGGGCUUCAGUGCGACCGUGGCCGUGGCCAAGACAGGCAGCUUCGAAGGUUGGAUGAAGGCCUCGUUCUUUGGAGAUAAUCCGGUGAGGAUCAAUAUCAAAAUCAGGAUCUACUCUAUCGAGGCUAUGGCAACCGCCAUUUGUGACUACAUCAAGGAUAUCCUAGAUGUAUAA